ACUAAUCACCACAAACAAAUAUAAUCAAACAAAUAUUCAAUCAGCAACAAUGGCAGCUCUCAAAUCCAUUCUAGCAGUAGUGGCUGUUUUGGUUAUUUCAGUACUGGUGCAGAGUCAGGUAGGCGAAGCACAGCAGAGCUGUCCUGCCCAGCUGACCAGCCUAAAUGUAUGCGGCCAAUAUGUGGUGCCUGGUGCCACUGCCGACCCAAGCCCUCAAUGUUGCACUGCGCUCCAAACUGUCGAACAUGAUUGCCUCUGCAACACCCUCAGGAUCGCCGCUCGUCUCCCUUCCCGCUGUAGCAUGCCACCUCUUAACUGCGGCAACUGAUGACAAACAUAUGCGUGGUGGAAGCAGGAGAAUAGCCUAGGAAUAAUGGCAGCGUCGGUGUUAUGGAUCUCUAUUUUAAAAUUAUAUGUUUCAUUUUCUUUCCAAAUUAAAAUGUAACCCGAUGGGCAGCCAAGCAAAAUGAAUAAAAUGUAGUACUUCUUAA